AUGGAUUGUAACAUUGAAACUGACGAGGGAAAAUAUAAACGUGAAUUUGAAUGCCUUGCCAAUAUGGGGUGGGGCAGUUAUGGCUAUGUGGUUAAAGUACGGCAUAAACUAACCAAUGAUAUACACGCCAUUAAAAUAUUCCAUAAAGUAAUCAGUGACAAAAUCAACGAAUCGGUCCAAAACGAGUGUCGGUGUUUGUCACAAAUGAACAGCGAUUUUGUGGUUAAGUUCCGAAACGCGUGGAUUGAGGGCCAGAUAUUACACAUUCAGACAGAGUUUUGCGACUAUAGUCUGCAAAAAAUAAUCUCCGUUAAAAACGCACUUUUAGACUUCGGGUGGGGCCCAGAAAUUAGCCGACAACUAUCACUCAUCGAUUACUUCAUAUCAUAUGAAUUGUUUGAUGAGUUGACUAAAAGUCUAAACUAUUUGCACACAUUAAACCCGCCGAUUAUGCACCGGGACCUCAACCCGGCUAAUACACUAGUGUUGAACGCGGUGUCCGGUCAUGGGCGACAGUUUGUCAAAAUCUGUGACUUUGGCUACGCUAAGCCUCAUAAACAAAAGGGUCAGUCAAAUACCAUAAACUUAGGUACUCUUCAUUAUAUGGCACCCGAAGUGGGCUACGAAAAGCAUUACGACCCGAUGUCCGACAUCUAUAGUCUGGGCCGCAUUUGUUGCGAUUUAUUUAGAGUCGACAUUUCCAAGUCAUCUUGGUCAUAUGGUAAAUUCAUGCUAGAAAAAUAUAAGGGCUGGCGUACACUUAUAGUCACUAUGUUGACCGGGCCUAAUUUUUGGGAUAGACCCACCUGUGAGAAGAUAUUGGCCACAACGAGCGCCUGGCAAUACAAAGACAUUUUCUUGCAAGAGUGUCAGUGGUUGUCACAAAUCAGGAGUGAUUUUGUGGUUGAGUUCCGGAGCGCGUGGAGGGAGGAGUACAGGCAAUAUAUUGAGACAGAGUUUUGCGACUAUAAUAUGCGUGAAAUAAUUGACAUCAAAAACUGUCUCUUCAGUCAACCCUCAGUCGACGACACGAGCGCUGUCUAUGCGUUAGCACUCAUUGAUUACUUCAUUGCCUAUGAAUUGUUUGAGGAGUUGACCAGAAGUCUAAACUAUUUGCACACUUUGGACAUACCUAUAAUACACCGAAACCUCACACCUGAGAGUAUACUAGUUAUUAAUACCGUAUUCAAUAGUGGCGGACAAUAUGUAAAAUUAAGUAAUUUUGGUUAUGCCAAGCUUCAUAUUUUUAACGGACAGCCGCACACCAUAGACGAAAGGGUCAUCAAUUAUAUGGCGCCCGAAGUGGCCCACAGUAAAUACUAUGACCUGAAGUCUGAUAUCUACAGUUUGGGACUCAUUUGCUGUGAACUGUUUGAUGUCAGCCCAUUCUCAUUUAAAAAUAAGAUUAAUGAAAAAAGUGCGAGUUUAAAAGAGAAAUACUUGCAACUAGAAGAACCUAUUUCUGAUAUGUUAAACUCGCCCAUGUACGAUUUGAGACCCACAUGUACUCAAAUCCUGUCGCGAAUGCGCGCCUGGCGUUUGUCAUUAGACGAAAUGCUGACCAUCCGUGAGAUGUUGGACCAAAUUAGUAACAUUAUUGUUACUUAUAGUGAAAAUGAGUUUUUUCAUAACUUUUUGGUCACUAAACUCAGCGCAAGAAUCGACGAGUCGACUGUACAACAGUCAGUCGAGAGUGACAUUCCCACACUCGCCGCACCCGACCCUUCCAUCAAUGACUCGCCUUUUAUUGAUUAUAACGUAUUAAACGCUAUCGAAGGCGACAUCAUUGAGAUCGUGGUAAAUGGCGAGCGAUGCUCUACCAUAUGGGGUGUGUAUGUGGGCGGCGACCAAGUUGUCUAUGUGUGUCCGGAAUCGCACUGCCUUUUGAACCAAUCACUAGAAACCCUUUGCUGUGACGACAGCGAGAGAUGUCGUGUGAAUAAUUUGGUUGAGGUAUCGGAGUCGAGACAACUGUCCCGCCGGCCAACCGAUAGUAUAUUAUGCGAUGCUUUCCGGGCAACCAUUAAAUACAGCCGUAAUUUGCCGACUGAUAGUCGCGGACAUAAUGUUGGCAUACAUUUUGUGACAAAAUGCCGGUUCGGUCACCAGUUUUGUGAAGAAUGUGUCGGACAAGAGAUGGUUGAAAUAAUUUAA